AUGACCUAUUUUAGCCAGUUGUUAGACGAUAAAAUUGUGGAAAAUGCUGUAGAUCAAACCAACUUAUAUGCAAUUCAGAAAGACAUUUCUAAACCAAUAAACACUGAUAAAAAUGAGAUUGAACAAUUUUUUGGUUGUGGUAUGUGCAUGUCCAUUUAUGGACUUCCAUCGUCUCGUAUGUAUUGGAAAACUACUACUCGGAUUCCAGCUGUUGCUGAUGCAAUGAGCCGCAAUAGGUGGGAGCAGCUAAAAUUAGGACUCCAUUUCAAUGAUAACGAAACUAUAGAUCAAGCUGACACAUUGUACAAGAUCAGCCCCUUUCUGGAGCCAUUGGUUGAAAAUUUUCGAAGAAUUCCCAUGAGUGUAAAAUUGUCAGUGGAUGAACAGAUGAUUCCUUUCAAGGGAAGACACACCUUGAAGAAUUAUGUCAAAAAUAAACCUAAAAAAUGGGGUUACAAAGCAUUUGUCUUGUGUGAUUCACAUGGAAUUGCACAUAAUUUAGAGAUAUAUUCAGGGAAAGUGAAACAUGACCCAUCCUUACCUGAUGUAGGUGUGAGUGGAAAUGUUGUUCUCAGAUUGGCUUCUGUAAUACCUAGACACAUGUUUCACAAACUGUAUUUUGAUAAUUGGUUCACAGGAGUUCGGUUAGAAGUUGAACUAGAAAAGAUGGCUAUUCAGUCUUUAGGAACUGUGAGACCUAAUCGGCUCAAAGGCUGUAUGUUCACUUCUGACAAAGUCAUGAAAAAGAAGGGUCGAGGGAGUUAUGAGGAACAUUUGUCUAAAAUUGAUGGCAUUACUUUGCAGUAA